AUUUUCAAAUUUCGUUGUUUGUUGUUUGCUAAUUUGUUUUUAGUUUUUUUCAGGUCCGAUGGAGAGAAGCUUUGAUUUGGGUGCUCUGUUGAAGAACCAUGAGAAAAAGCACAAACUUAAGCCAGUCCAGUUCGUGAGCGUCGUAGGAGGGGUACUGUCAUAAAUUUCAAUCUAUAUAGAAUAUAGUAAUAAUCCUACAGAACUUAGUUAUGCAUGCGUCUUUUUCUAAUUUUCAGGUCCAAAAACGGCUUGAAACUAAUUUGAAGGGCAGGCGAAGUAGCCGUCUAACUUUAUUUGACAAAAUAAGGAAUCUGCCAAGAUGUGAGAGCCCUGCUCCAUUGUCUGAAGCCCAACUGAAAGUAGAGAGAAGGAGACAGCAGUUAGAAAAAUGGAAGGAGGACAAGGAAAAGCGGAAGAAAGAGCUUGCAGCACAGAAGAAGAAGCCAUUUGUGGCUGGUGUGGCUCAUAACCCUCUUAAAUUUGUUCCACCACCUCCUCCUAAAGCAAUGCCAAGCUCAUCAGGCAGAGUUACGAGGUCACAAUCAGCUAAAACCAAUGUUUCAAAGCCCAAAGUUGAUUCAAAACCUAUGAAAGCAUCACAAUCAUUUGCUCCCAAAAAUGCAUCGUUUCGACCACCUGAAAUAAAGAACUUAACGAAACUCCCAACAUUAGCACCUGUUAAUAAGAACAAAAAAGCAAAAAGUUACACAUUUAAUUUCACAGUACUGAAUAAUGUACCAAAAGUCGAUAAUGAAGUUACAGUAAAACCAACCAGAACUAAAGCAAAACCAGCGGAAAAUAGAAUGAUGACUCGUAAAAAUGCUAAGGAACUUGAGAAGGUGGCAAAAACAAGAGUGUCCAAAAAGCCAAGUCCUGCUAAACUUGUUAAAACAAAAUGUUCCGGAUCUUCGGGUAGUGAUUUGGAAAGACCAGUGAAAUCAGCAGUGCGAAAAGCCAGUCCCAAAAUGGCGAAGAAUCUAUCUUCAUCUUCCAGUAGUGAAAUGGAGAUUUCUAAAGCUAAAAAGCAAGCAUUACUUGAAAUUUCAUCAUCAUCAAGUAGUGAGCUUGAGAGCAAACAAUCAAAGAAUUCUUCAAGGAGAACUUCAAAUAACAAAGUAAUUUUCACAUCAUCAUUGAGCAGUGACUCGGAUCGUUCUAGGUCAGAGUCGGAGAAGUCUCCAAUUUUAAAGAUGUCUACUCCAAUGAGUACUAGAAAAGGCCCCAAAGUUAUAACACCUAAAAGUGAAUCAAGCACCGAAGAACGGUUGCGUUCUCCGAAAUCUCCUGUUGCAUCCGUUGAUGUCUCAGAUUCUGCUGUUACUCCGCAAAUAGAAGAAAGUAAACGAAUCAGCCCGUGUGUCACAAUGUCAAGAGGCAAGGCUAAUGCAAGAAAAGAAAUGAAGCAGAAGAUUGAAGAAGGACUUCUAGACGAAGACAACAGUGAAGCGGAGAGCAUUGAACAUUUCCGCAGACAGCUGUCCUCGGAGGUGACCCGUCUCACCGAGUUGUGUGACACGUGGGACAAGAUUAGGGAGCAGUCUUUGCUAGCUGAGACCGUACAGGACGAGGUGUUAGGCGCCGUGGGUCAGGGCCGUUUACUGAUAUCGUCGAAGCUGCAACAGUUCGCGGGCCUGGUGGAGAGGUGCGCCAAACCCGAACCCGGGUCUCCGCUCAUCACGCCGGCCGAUUUACACGGUUUCUGGGACAUGGUGUUCAUGCAGAUCGAGAACGUAGACAUGAGAUUCAAACGUUUGGAGCUGCGUCGUUCACGAGGCUGGACUGAGGAGCCGCAAGUCGAGCCUGCCAAGAAGAACAGGAAUCACGUGAAGAGAGUCGCCAAACCAACCGCCGGACCUAGUCGACUAAGGGAGAUGAUCGCUGCCGCUAGGAAAGCGAAGAAGGAACAAACUGAACAGCCUACAGCACAGUUGGCUGUCCAGAACGAAGACAGCAAGCAGGACAGCAAGACCUUCGAGGCGGGAUUCUUCUGCGUGAGGUCACCGGUUCGAUCCCCGGCGCAGGGCACGCCCAACAACAAGCACAGCUUGCUGAAAGCUGUCCUGUCCAGCGAGGCAAAGAAAGCUUCAGCUUCUAAGAAUUCGUCGUCGUUCGCGAUGCUUCGAGCCUCAAUCAUGAGCAGGAAUUUGGAAGCGGAAGGAAUAGCACCGUUACCGCAAACGCCUAUACCUGAAAUAAACAUGAACGCUACCCCCGGCCGCAGCAUACUCAAAUCGACCAACUUAUCCGCCGUCAAAUCCGGCAAAAAGUCCAUCAAAGUCGUACUAUUCGACGAUUCCGACACAGACUUGCAACUCGACACGUCGAAGGAAUUAUUCGAAAACCAAAACACAGAUAGUGGUCUAUCGUCUAUGGAAAACAAGGAGAACCAAGUGAAGCCCAGAUUAUCCCGCCAAGAUGCAGUCGAGGAUAUAGGAGUAGUGACUAAAAGUCGUCGCAAAAGCAUAAUAACGUCAGUCGAAACGGAAAAAACCGGUAAUCGACGAUCGUCCAGAAGAAAAACGUUGCAAGAUAACGAUUCGAAUGUUCCAGAAGCGGUUGUCACGCCAAAAAGAACGACGAGAAGGCGCAAAAGCAAUGUACAAGCUGUAGCGUAGAUUGCGUUCCGUUUUUGUUUUAAAUUUAGAAUGUAAAUUUCGAUUUUAAUUUCUUUUUUAGAUGACAGUUGUUUUUUUAUAGUUUUCACAGACACGGAUACACGUUCAUAGGGACAUUAGUAAGCAGACACACUACAUUAAAAUGUCGUGAUGUUGCAAAAGCGUUUGGAAAUUUAAUAUUUUACUAUUUUUGUCCACAUUUUUUUUUACUCUAUAAAUUUUUGUAUUGCUAUUACAUCAAAAUACCAAUAUUCAGGUAUAUAACUGAAAAGAAGAAUAAGUGGAUAAAAUAUUGUUUUGUGUAGUCGUAAUGUUCGAAGGUAGUAUGUAUCAUUUCUGAAAUCCCGACAUUUAUUCGUGCGUUAUGAAUUUCAGAUUGUUGACAAUAAAGCAUGUGAUUUUGAGUGCCUAUAGUAAAAUAAGUUUUUUUAGUAUCUACAUAUUUUAAUUCUAGUUAAUCAUGUUCUAAUGUGUAUUAUGUAUUGGCGCGUCGAUAUUUUUCGGAAGGGAUUAAAAACUAGAUUUUCUUCGUUUUAGCGUUUUAAUUUAUAUACAUACUUAUUUCUUGCAUUUUAAAUAUGGGAACUAUCCUUUGGGAAUUAUUUCAAUCAUGUUGGAAAAUCUAUUUGAAUUUCAGUUCUAUCAUUAGGCCAAAUAGCUGAACGUGGCCAUUCAGUCUUUUCAAGACUGUUGGCUCUGUCUACCCCGCAAGGGAUAUGGACGUGACCAUAUGUAUGUAUGUAUGUAUGUUGGAAAAUGCUGCUGCUCUACGCGCUAAUUAUAAAAGCUGAUCGUGACCAGCAGGUUGAAUAAACGAGAAAGGCGUAUGAUUUGCAUACUUUUCAGCGGUAGGGUUGCAACCUGACACUACCUAAGAAUCUCAAUUCCAUCAUUAUUGAAGCUAGGCACUUUUGGCUUGUGAUGUAUUUUUCUUUCCUUGUAAGGGCGUGAUUUGUGCAUUUAAUACUAGGUACUUAUUGCGAAAAAUUACACCAAAUAAUUAACGUCAAUUUAAGACGUAAAAAGUUUGGCGAAAAAUAUCGAUGCAUCAAUGGCAAAUAUCUGUCUUUCCGAAUAGAAACUAAAGCCAAAAUAUAACUAGUAUUCAAAAUAGCAUAUUGACAAUAAGUGUUGGAAUGUAAUUACUAUUAGGUAAAUGAAGAAGGUAAUUAUGUAAUGGUUUACUAAUAAAUUUAAU